GGCAUCACCCCAACUCAUGGCUCCUAGGCCCUCCACCCAACACCCUAAACUAGCCAGGCCAAGCCCUGCCCUGUUCCUGUACCAGGCCUCACUCUGCCCACGGGAAUCUCAGCUCAUCUGCAGCUGCUUGUCACCCCUGUGCCCAAUACCUUGGCGGUGCCCCAGGACGGCAGGCGCCCACCCAGCCAGGCGGGGUCACCCCAGAGCCAGGCAGGCCAGGAGGCUCUGGCUGGGGGUGGCCCCCCCCAGCAGCGCUGUCUCAGGCCCCGUUGUGCUGAGCUGCAGGGUGAGCUGUGGAGGGGAGGCAGGGGCCACUUCUCACCUCAAUCAACCCAGGGCCGCCACCUCCCGCCUCCUCCCAAAGCAGAGCCAGCGCCCAGCCCCUGCCCCUGGGCCGCACCCCAGCCGGGCUGGCUCCAGCGGGGGGCGAGCCGCCCAUCUGCAUGACAAAGGCCGCGAUGGCCACUGAGAGCCCCUAAUGCGCCCACCUGAGAGCUCCCAACAGCCGCCGCGGGCGCCUGGCCUCCCUCUUCACACGCUCCGGGCGCCUGGCCGGGACGGACGGACCCAGCCCCCGCGGAGCAGCCCUCGGGCCCCGCCGGCCACCCCGCUGCCCAGCCCAGCGCCAUGGAGCAGACGCCGCCGAAGAAGAAGAAAUACAGCCGGCACCGCAAGCCGCCCUACACCUACCUGGCCAUGAUCGCCCUGGUGAUCCAGGCCUCGCCGGGCAGGAAGCUGAAGCUGUCCCAGAUCAUCCAGGAGAUCGGCGCCCUCUUCCCCUUCUUCACCGAGGGCUACCAGGGCUGGAAGGACUCCAUCCGCCACAACCUGUCCUCCAACCGCUGCUUCUCCAAGCUGCUGAAGGAUCCCGCGAAGCCCAAGGCCAAAGGGAAUUUCUGGACGGUGGACGUGAGCCGGAUCCCCCCGGACGCCCUGAAGCUGCAGAACACGGCCAUCUCCCGGCAGGAGGCGGCCUCCUUCGCCAGCGACCUGGCCCCCUUCAUCCUGCAUGGGCAGCACUACAGGGGGGGUCCCCAGCAGAUGCUGCCUGCAGCCAGCGUGGGCGCUAGAGCUCCCGCACCCGGGGCCGAUCCAGAGACUCAGGCCCCACAGACCAGGCCCCAGCUGGACACUUCCUUUUCCAUCCAGUCCCUGCUGCAGAACCUGCACAAGGUGGACUUGAACGAGCAGCCUGGGGGUCAGGGGCUGCCCAGGCUGGGGAGGUCUCUGCACCCGGAGAGCCAGGAGCCCUCUCCCUUCCCGCUUCCUUCCCCCGCUGCGCUGAGGGCCCCUGGCAGCCCCAGCUACCCCUCCAGGGGCCCUGGCAUCCCAAGGACUCGCUCCUCCUCUGCCUCGACGCUGCCCUUGGAUGAAAAGAGCCCAGGCAGCCCGCAGCCCCCGGCUCUGGCCAAGUGCCCCCAGCUGCUCCGUGCCUUCCCGAGCAGCAGCUCCGACUCAGAGGGCUCCACGUGCCGCACCCCGCCAGUGUCCCCCAUGCACCAGCUCCCCCCCUCCUACGCUAUGGGCCUGACCCCGCUCAUCCCCACUUGCUUUGCCUUUCCCCCCAUCCCCGGGCUGCCCUACCUCGGCUACUGCCCCGCUGCCUACGUCAGCCCGGCCUACUGGGACCUUGUGCCCCAGCCCUUGCCAGCGGCCCUUCCCCCACUGCUGGGCGUCCCCAUGGACCUGGACAGCGCCUUCCCGGCCCUCCCCCGCAGCAAGGCCAGACACGCCCCUCCCACAGCGCCUCCGCCCUGGCACACCCAGCAUCUGGUGCCCCCCCCAGUACGGGGGGUUCUGAGGGACAUGGGGGCAGCCCCUUUCCGGCGGGGCAGCAGCGCGGCUGCUGGGCGAUGGCUGACGCUAAACGUGCAAUAAAGGCCAAAAGCUGGGAAAGGGCAGCUCCCCACCGGCCCUGCCCCGGAGACCAGCCCCUCCUGAGCCCCUGGCCUGCACCACGCAGCCUGCAGGCCCAGCACGCAGCGUGGCCUGGCCAUGGGGCUUAGGUUGCAGUGGUGUGUGCUGCAGCGUGGCCCGGGGGCCUUCCCAGGGGAGCAGGGCCCAGAGCCUGGGCUGGAGGAAAGGCGGGGUGGCUCCCAGGGGCUGGGGCAGCCUGGGCCAGCCCUGCCCCUCCUCCGGCCAGCCCCAGUGGGAAGGUGAGUGGGUGGGGUGGAGACCGUGCGGGGGGUAUGUGUGUAAAGUGUGCGCACACACGCACAGCUAUGAAUAAAGGCGAAUGGAGACUUGGCCGUGCCGCUCACUGUGCUAACCCCAUCACCUGCCCCUGCCCUAUGCUGACCCACAGCCUGCUCCCCCCAGCUCCCUGAGCCUGUCCUGUUCCAGCCCCAGGUCCAU